UGUCAAGGAUUUGACUAGAAUUUUUUCAAGGUGGGAGGAGUGGAUAGAGACAUCUGUUGAACGUGCGUGUUCUUUUUGUGUGUUGAUAUUUCCAGCCAAUUUUCCUGAAAAGAGGUUAAUCAUUGAUGUAAUUAUAUCAAAGAUAACUAUUCAAUGAAAAUGUCAUCACCUGACAAGGACGAUGUUGACGUUGAACUUCUGGAGUCAAGUUUCACAUUUCACGACUAUACUGAGAUAGUUGAACAGUUUGCUUACACAUGCCAAAUCAUGAAGAUGGAGGACAGCUUCUAUGUUUACAUUGGACAGUCUGAGAACGAGCGUAUGGAUGGGCUUAUCUAUGCGUUCCUCUCGGCAUACGACAACCUUCCAGUGGCUGUCAGACUUACCGGGCUUGCGGAGCAGGAAUGGUCACUAUCUCUUGCUUCUAGACUUACGGCGUUGUCUGGAAAACAUGUUUAUAUUAGUUGUAACUUGGAGGUUCCUUGCUAUUUGAAGGUUGCCAUUGGGAAACGUGUUACUGCGGAGUUCAAAAAACAUAUGAUUUCGUAAAUAUUAUUGGGGGAAUGAGUAUUGAGGAGUCUAGUUACCAAAACAAAAAAACAUUUUAAAUGAAUGGGGAGAAUAAAAAUGAUGAGAAUAAAUGUACUUUUUGAAAUUUUC